GGCUGAGGAGAAGUGGACUGAAGAUAGGAGUAAAGACAGAGGAGAGAGGAGCAGAGGAGCAGAGGAGAGAAGGAUUAAGGAGUGGAGCACUGAGCAGAGGAGGACAGAGGAGUGGUGCACUGUGGAGAGGAGAACAGAGGAGAAGAGGACAGAAGAGAAGAGGACUGCAGAUAGGAGGACAGAGAAGCAGAGGACAGAAGGAUUAAGGAGUGGAGCACUGAGGAGACGAGCACUGAGGAGAGGAGGACAGAGGAUUGCGCAGUGAGACAGGACCUUCUCUUCGUCUGUUUCUUCUCAGAACAACGUGUGGAACGUGGGCUCUGAACUUCUGAAUCACAGCGGAUGUAAACAUGGAGGAAGGAUCGUAAACCCGAGGAGAGCAAAUGUUCUCGGACUCCGGAUGAAGGAGGAGCUCGUCGAGAGAAAAAGAAAGUUGCCAUGUGGACCUACUACAAGGCAUAGCAGAGGACAAACAUGUAUUAUUCUACACAGAUGAAUGGACCAUACCAACCAGUUGGACAACCCUCCCAAACUGGACAUGCUGCUACUCCACCUGCUUACAACAUAAUGAGAAAUCAGCAACCUGGGACAGCAAAUAUCUCUUGUCAGUACAUGACAGUGGACCCAAGAAUACAGCCACCACAAAAUGGCCAUGUACCCUUUCGAGAUGGAACUCAGCCUAACAGUCAGAUGGCAAAUUGGCAAACCUCAGCAGCUCCUCGUCAGGCAAGUUCCUCCCAGUCAACAGCCGGGAGGAAUGAUCACAAUUAUGUUUUAUAUAAAAAAUUCCCCCACUUGACAGGUAUACUAGAAGAACUCCCUGCUAUAACUUAUCAGAAACCUGCUCAGAAUUCAAAGAUGCAGACUCCACCCAAAAUGAACACUACACACUCUCAGCAAAACACAACUGCAUAUUUGUUCCAACCAGUUACUUUUCAUGGUAACCAAUCAAUAAGGACACAAGAUGUACACAAUCAUGGGGUCCAGAAAAGUUUUCAAUUGGUAAAUGGCAAGCUAGAUAAUCCUUGCCCUACGUACAUUAGAGCAGCUGCCUUCGUUCCGUGUAAACAGACAGUUUGUACCAGCACAAUACAGUUAACAAGACCAGCUGCUAACAACCAGAAUUACCAACAAAAUGUCUCUCAGCAUAGAUUUCCCACUAGCAACCCGCCAAACUACAGUAAAGCAAUCUCUGAGUCUCGCGCACACAACAGCAUUACAACAAAUCCCCCACCAAGGGGACAGAUUUGGGGUUAUUCCAGCAUGAGUCAGACAACUCAACAAUACACUGCUCAACUCAACUCAACACCUAACAAUGCAAGAGAGGCCACUUGCAGGCCAACUUGCAACACCAUUAAAAGUAAUGAGCUGCCCCUAAAACCUACUGCUGAUGCUCAACAACAAAUGACCAAUCAAAAAAAGGAAGAUAUGAUAAUCUCACGAAUUGCUGAGGCUCUUCGUAAAUCGUACCAAGCUGACGCAGUUGGUCAUCAUCCAGUGAAUACUAAUUCACCAUCCACGUGGCGGCUCAUCGCACCGUCAAGUCAGGUCAGCGGGGUCGGACUGAUGGAGUGUCAUCAAACAAUGCAACUUGGGGCAUCAGCUGGAGACAGAUCUAACUCAAAUGCCACCCAGCGCCUACAGCUCAUUGCUACACAAUGUUUGCCUCAGAGUGUUUUGUCAACAACACAACACAUUACUGCACCAAAUGUCUACUGUGUCACAACAGAAGAUGGAAUUACGGAUGGAAAUAGGGAGAGGAAUGCAUCUUUUCCAAAAAAUAACAGUAUCUCUACGGGAAAUGCAGUUGAAUCUUCAAGUGUAGUAUCUCAGGUUAUGCAGCUGCCUGAGGGCAUUUUGCUACAGAGAACCGAGACCCAGUUGUCUGUAAAAAACAAUCAGGAAAUGCUCUGUUCAGUUGGAAAAAUGGACAGCCCCAUCCAAUCGUCUCCCAGUCGCACGAGAGCUGUUGCUGUUGUGCAACCACUGUUACAAGAAAACUACAUGGUUGUCAACAAGCAAAACUCUUCAAACCCAAUUAAUCAAUUGGAAGAGUGCACUGCAAAAUAUUCCUCUUUACACAACACUUUAAAAAUAUGUACUUCUCCACCUGUAGCAAUAAACAGUCAAGCUAUAAAUUUGAGUGAAGGAUUGAAUAAACACCUACAAGAUGGACCUCAAGACAAGACACAAAACCAGUCAUAUGCACAUGAACAAGGAUCUGAACUAUCUAGCGACCAGAGUGUAGCACUUGCUGUUCAACAGUCUGUUACCUCUGAGGGGCUAGAAAGCCAACAUCGUGAUAUGAACAAAGCUGAGGUGCCAAUUGAUCAAAAUACCUGUGAUUUGGACCUGUCCUCCAUCCCAACAACUCAGUGGACUAUUGCCAAAUUAAUUAAUUUUACAAUGGAUUCUGAAAAAUCCCAGACACGACACUCGAAUAAGUUGGAUUCUGUGCAAGACAUAAUGAGAAUAUUUUGGACGGGCAAGUUUGACCUUUUCAAGAAUAAGCUCAAGUCAGGCUGGUACAAAACUUUAAUGGAUGAUGUUACAACAUUCUGCUGUGAACAUGUGACUAACGACUCUGUCAUUCUAUCACAAGUAAAAGCAAGCUUAUCGAGGCAACCCGAAAAGUACCAUUUCCUCCAACAUAAUGAAAUAUAUUCAGAGCCGCCCUACCAAUCAUCAUGGUUGAAUGUCAAUGAGCAGGUAGAUGACAUUGACAAAGAGUUUGGCUUCUCCCGGAAUUUAAGGCCUCAUGUUAGCACACCUGAGAGUGACAGCCAAUUAGAUGAAUUUGUGGCCACAAGCAACAUUUUUGAGUCCAACGACGCCUUCUCUCAAACAGAGCUCAGAUCUGUUGACCAAGGUGAAGAAAAACAAGCCCCCACUGUUGAAAUUACAAGUCAAAUUUCUUCACCCAAUGACAUAGACCCAGACAGUGCUAAUUCCAAUGACCAACAUUACUCGUUUGAGAUACAAGUUUUGUCCCCAGAAGAAGCUAAAGUUAUCUUUGAGCAUUUGCAAAGUAAGCUGCCACAAAGUAUAGUCACUCAGAGUCAGCCAGAGAAUGUCAUGAAACGCUCUGUUGAGGAUGAUGUGCCUGACUUUGGACAGAGUGUCACGAAAAGCUCUGUGGAGAAUGAGCUACCUGACGUUGGAGACACAUUGACGGACUCAAAACUGGAGAGCACGAAGGAAGUCUCUUUAAUAGAUGAAUUUUGCUGCCUUGCAGGGUGGAUAGAAAAGUUUUUUGGGAAAGACACUUCUUUGAAAUGUGCGUGCAAGGAAAAACAGGAUCACAAAGACUGGACAGGAAAGACACUUGAUAAGGAGACGAAAGUACAAAAUAACAAUCAACCUGCCAUCAGAUUGGACAAUGUCCACUCUGCCAUAGAAACUGACAAUCAAAUGAGUGCUGAGGAGAACAUUGACAGUCAAGUUGUAAAAUGCAGUUCGACUGAUCUGUGCAAUGAUAUCAGCCAAACUGGAGACCUAAUCAAAGAUGAGAAGAGACUUUGCUCACAUUCUGCUCAGGAAAAACAGAACAUGUCCCCAUCCAUCAUAGAUGAUAGCCAGUUAAGCCCUUUAGUCUUAAGUGACAGUGAAGUUGAAGAUGUCUCUUGCAGUGGAAGUGAAAUUCCAAACCAAAUCCGUCAUAAUGGUAUUUGGACGUCAGACUCUGAUGAGAAAUGUGUACAAGAACAGCUGAAAUCAGUAGGAAGAGAUCAGUCAAGCCCUUCAGACAACAGCAAGAGAGAAUUCAUGAAGGUAUGUCCUAUGUCAGACACUGCGGUGGGCUGUCCUCAAGCUCCGCUGACAUCCACAGAUGUAGCAGAGUCCUCCUUGGAAGUGGAAGAACCAACUCAAACCGGACCAGUUGACAGAAAGAGGAAGUUGCACAGUGAUGAAGAUAUGUGUCAAUUAUUGAAGAAUUUAAAGAAACGUGUAAAUAGGAACGUUUCUGUUGAUGCUGCUGAGAGUCAACCUUUAGCCUCUAAUGAUAAAACAGUACAACUGGUCCUAUAUGGCUCAAAACGCAGAAAGAGUGAUGGUGAAUAUACAGGAUCUCAUGCAUCACACAGACCUCCAAACAUGGUCUCUGUGACUCUCAAUCCUUCGAAGAGAAAGUCAAGUGUUCCACAGGAAUAUUCUGUCAAAGGAUGGAUUCACGAAAAAUGGAGGAGAAGUUAUCUACCAACUACACUUAAGCUCAGAAAAAAACGGAAAACACUUCAUGGUACUAUACCUCGGACAUAUCUCAAGAAAGCCGAAACAGCUUGUCCCUCCAAAACCAAAGAGCUGCCAGUUUGCAAUGAAAGGAAGAGAAAGGGAAAUACAGACUGCAGCGUGAAUUGUAAGAAGAGGCGACUCCUGUGUACCAGACUCGUACUUGGAGAGGACAGUAGAAGGACAGAUGUGGGUACCCUGAAACCGUCUGAUAAGGAGAGAAGUGCCGACGGAAGCCAUACCCACACACCUGGUCGAGAGAACUUCAUCCUGAAGUUCAGUGUGUUACCCGACACUUUCAGCUUUGCAGAUGGACCCAAUGGGACAAAGCAAACAACUGCUGACGUGUCAGGUAACUCUGCUGGAGGAAAAAACCCUGGUAAAGCUAUCACGGCAGCAAGAGGAACAUGGUGACAACAUGCUGGGAUGAAGCAUUGUCCUCAGCUCGCUUCCCCAGACCUCCAGCCUCUUCCACGAGUUGCAAUAGCAAUACAUGCAGAAGGAGCAGCCAUCCAAAGUAAUAAUAUACAAGCAAUAGUUGUGUUUACUACAGAGACAGAUUAAAAAUCUUCUCUGGGAAAUUAUUUUUUUGUGAAAUGUUUCAUUUUGUGUACGUGUAUAUUUGCUUUACAGUACCAAGCAAGUUACAACUGCACAUGCCACACAUAAGUCAUAGUUUAUAUAAUAAGUGUCUUUCAUUUGAGUGAGAAUUUUGCAUGCCUUACAGAAAUUGAUUGCAAAUGUAACUUGAGUAUCUGUAAAAUGUAUAUUUCAUUUACGUUAUUUAUAUAUUUUUUACAUCAAAGAUAUUUGUGUUUUAUUUUUACAUUUUUGUAAUGUUUUUUGUACAUCUUAUCUAAACGAACUUUUUUAUUCUGUUUUGCAGUUGUUUGUAUUAUUUGUGUAAAUAGACCCAUUUGGUGGUGUAAUGUGUGGUGUUAUAACCUGAUAAAACUGUUCAGCAGUUUUAUAAUGCAGGUUAGUUAUGUUACAGCUGAUUGUGCCUUAAACUACGGGAUAACAAAGACCGAAAGCACAGGUCAAGCCCCGGCAAAAUCGACUUCUGAUUGCAACCGUAUGCUUUCACAAGACCGCACCAUGCAGAAUAAAGACAUUUAAUCAUGUA